ACUUAAAUGACCUAAUCAUCUCAAUCUAAAAUCCUAGCCACCGCUAGUCUGAUCGCUAAGGGCAUUGGAGGGGUUUGGAAGGCCAAGCACUCCCGUCGGCGCCCGGAGGACGCCGAUUCGCCGCUACAUCUCCUACACCGACAAGAACGCCUACUUCCUCUACGGAUCAGGCGUAAAUGGCUGCUGCUACUGCUAAUGCUGUGAACACUGUGACGGGCUACCUGAAAUCCAUUGAGCCACUGAAUGGCACCAACUAUCCAAGCAGGUAUAAAGAUGUUAAUGUUGCCAUUGCUGUGUGCGAGUAUGAUCUCGCCUUACGUCAAGACAAGCCAGCAGAGCCCGCUGAUCCCGAUGGUGAUCGUACUGCCAUUGAGAAGUGGGAGAGAUCUGACAGGAUGACCAACAUGAUCAUUAAGAACACGAUCACUCCGGCCAUCUGUGGUGCUAUUCCUGAUAAGGACCAGGAUGGUAAUGAUCUGAGCGCCAAGGCAUAUCUUGCCAAGGUGGAGUAGAACUUUAAGAGUUCUUACAUGACUUAUGCUAGCACCCUGAUCAUGAAGAUGCUGACUUCACAGUAUGAUGGGCAAAGUGGAAUCAGGGAGCACAUUAUGAGCAUGUGUGACAUGGCAAAUAAGCUGAAGACACUGGAUAUGGCUAUCUCUGAUGGUUUUCUGGUGCACUUCAUCAUGACUUCUCUGCCAGUACAGUACAGUCCCUUCAAAAUAAGCUACAACACUCAGAAGGCGACUUGGAGCAUGGCUGAGCUCAUUAGCUACUGUGCUGAGGAAGAAGAAAGGCAGAAAGCUGAAAGGAUGAAGGAUGCUAUCAACAUGGUCAGCGAGCGCUUUAGGCGUGUUAGCAUGAGCAACACUCCUAAGCAUCAGGCUGAGUCUGGCAGCAGCAGGCAGCAUAAGAAAAAGUUUAAGGGCCAUAAGAGCAAGGCCGUGUCACAUAAGAAGACCUCUAAUGAGAGGUUGUGCAAGUUCUGCAAGUCACCUAAACAUGAGCAGAAGGAAUGCCAUGGAUUUAAGGAGUGGCUUAAGAACAAAGGUAUUCAGUUUGAUCUGAACUAUAAGAGAGGGGGAGCGAAGCCUAAGAGUGGCUGAUGGCAAUGAAGUGAAGGUUGAAGGCAUUGGGAGCUUUGAUUUGGAGUUACCAGGCGGCUUCAACCUUAGUUUGCAUGAUGUUCUUUAUGUUCCCAGUUUGAAGAGAAACCUUAUUUCUGUUUCGCGUUUAGAUAAGU